AUGGCAGAAACAAAAGAAGAAGUUAAAGCUCAGCCAAAAGUGUAUUCCUAUGCAGACUUGACCGAAUUCGAAAAUAAACAAGCUUUUAGUUCCAUAGGCAAAAUGCCCAUUUCCACCAAACAAACACUGCCAAGUUACAGUUUCGGUUCUGCUGAGCGUGCCAAUCAAGCAAAGCUCUAUCAUAAUAAAGAACUUGCCAGAAUUGAUUUUGCAGGAAAGGGAAGUCCUGGACCUGUCUACAAUGUUAGAGGAGGAGAUCAAUUUUAUUACACAAAGGACGCAGAAACUAAAUUCGGAACAGAUCCUCGUAACACACUCAACACAGGAGCCAAAUUUGAUUAUUAUCAAAGAAAGGAUGUCGAUUUUGAACCCCAAGAAGCUGAUCUAAUUAGAAAGACUAAAGCUCCAAAUGUCAAAAUAGGAUUGGAAUCAAGAUUCCCUCCUGAGAAAAGACUCAAAGGAACCCCUGGACCUCAAUAUGACCCAGCCAUCAAACCUGAAGUCCCAACUCCACCUCAAUUUUCCUUUGGAUAUAGAAGAGAUAUCCCAGGAGCAUCAGCAUUAGCACCCACAUGUUCGACUCCAGUGAUCGUUGGACCUGGAGCCUAUUUGCAAAAGCCUCCUGCUAACACAAGCAAUUUGGAAGAUCCUGCCCAUUGGACCAUUCCAAAAGGACCAAAGAUAGGCAAGAUCUUUGAGGGUUGGGAUAAGAAUCAAACAUAUGAUACCAAAUAGAUUGCCGUGGGAGUAUAAGUGAAUUCCAAAAAGAAAUCUUAUCCUGCAUUCAGCGUAGGAAAGUCCACAAGAGAGGCCAAAGUUGGACACUUCAAGCAGUUAAUGGUCAAGGUUCCUUCAAAGGUGCACAUUCCUCAUCCUAAAAUUUGA